AUGUUAGAAAGUAAUUAUACCAUGCCAACGGAGUUCCUGCUUGUUGGAUUCACAGAUUAUCUACCUCUCAAAGGGACUUUAUUCUUGGUAUUUCUCAUAAUAUACGCACUAACUGUGGUGGGAAAUGUGGGCUUAAUAAUUCUAGUUAACGUCACUUCAAGCCUGAAAACGCCCAUGUAUUAUUUUCUCAGCAACUUGUCCUAUUUAGACGUCAGCUACUCUACAACAAUCACUCCUCAGAUGCUGGUGAAUUUCUUAAGGUCCAGGAGAAGCAUCUCCCCCUCUGCCUGUGCACUGCAGAUGUUUUUCUUUGCUUGUUUCGCUGACGCUGAGUGCCUCAUCCUGGCAGCAAUGGCGUACGACCGCUAUGCAGCCAUCUGUAAGCCGCUGCUCUACCCCGCACUAAUGUCUAGGAGAGUCUGCAUCUGCUUCAUGGUACUGGCGUAUUUCAGUGGAGGUGUGACUUCGGUGAUCCACGUCUGCUUUGCAUUCACGCUGCCGUUUUGUGGCUCCAAUGUUGUCAACCAUUUUUUCUGUGACAUCCCACCUCUCCUGGCUUUAUCGUGUGCAGACACCCAUAUCAAUGAGCUUUUGCUCUUUGUCUUGUGUGGCUUCAUCCAGUCCAGUACUUUCUUGGUCAUAUGUAUCUCUUACUUUAGUAUCCUCGCCACUGUGUUGAGCAUCAAGUCCUCUGGCGGCAGAAGCAGAACAUUUUCCACCUGCGCUUCCCAUCUCACGGCGGUCACCUUAUUCUACGGGUCACUCCUGUUUAUGUACUUACGUCCCACCACCAGCUAUUCCCUCAACACCGAUAAGAUAGUGGCAGUGUUUUAUACUGUUGUGUUUCCCAUGUGUAACCCAAUAAUCUACAGCUUCAGAAACAAGGAUGUAAAAAAUGCCUUCAAAAAACUGUUAGCAAGAAACUGGAUUUUCAGAUAA